GUUGAGUUUGGAUAGGUAUGGAUAUGAAUAGGUAAGAAACAAAAAUCACUCACGUGGAGAUAAGCCCUGCAGAAAGAUAACAGCUCCAUAAAAAAUCAACGACUCCAUCCCACACCAAUGAGUCAAUUGCCAGCAGAGGGCACAUAUGCGGCCCUUAUUCUUCCUUGCACAGCGACGGCUUGAAUCCGCACGUCUGGCUUCUCCAGGUUUUGUGUCGCGUAGCGGCCGUUGGAGGAUAGACAUAACACUUAGGAAAGAGAAACGCGCUGCUUCUACGAAAGCUUGCCAGGAGACAAUGGCGGUGGAAAGGGAAAACGGGAAUGUAGAUGGGGAUGUAAAUGAAGUAGAAGAAGAUUAUAGCUCGUGGAGCCAAGACAAGUUGAUUGAGAGGGUUACGUUGCUGGAAUACGAGUUGAAGAUCAAGAAUUUAAGUCUUACAGUUCCCAAACAACCAGAGAAGAAAUCCUUAAAGAAACCGCGUUCGGAACGGACCUUCGACCCCACCAAAUACAGCACCCGCCUCAUAGCUCUCAAGCUCGCAUACCUAGGGAAACGCUACAAUGGAUUCGAGUGCCAGAAGAGCGUUACACCUCUCCCGACUAUCGAAGAAGAGCUUUGGAAAGCUUUCAAUAAAGGGAGACUGAUCUUCCCAAAUAUCGCCAAUCCAUUACAGCCCGGGGAAGUCAACUGGGAGGGCUGCGAGUAUAGUAAAUGUGGGAGGACAGACAAGGGUGUCAGUGCUUUUGGUCAGGUUAUUGGCAUUCGAGUGAGGAGUAACAGACCGCUGGGAAAGAGGAAAGAGAGAAAGAUUGUCGAUGAUGUUGGAGAAGCCGGGCUACUUGACGAAGUAGCCGGUCCAGCGAGUACUGAGAAAGACCUGGACGGAGGAUUCAAUACAUACGCCAGGGACAAUUCUGUUGAAAUGUCCUCUCCAGCACUCGCCCCAUCCAGACUACAAGAACAAGAGGGCCCAACACCUGACUUAGGUCUCUCAGAUCCCGACUUCGAAGAAGCGCUCAACUUCGACCCUAUAGCAGAUGAGAUUCCUUACUGCUCGUUAUUGAACCGGCUCCUCCCACCAGAUAUCAGGAUACUAGCCUGGUGUCCCGCACCACCUCAGGACUUCUCUGCAAGAUUCUCAUGUCGAGAACGACAGUACCGCUAUUUUUUCACACAGCCAGCCUUCAUGCCAACACCUACUCAACUGGAAUUGCCCGAUCAAAAGAGUCAAAAGGCACCAGAAGGCAAAAUGAGAGAUGGCUGGCUAGAUAUUGAGAAGAUGCGAGAGGCAGCCAAGUUGUUCGAGGGCGAGCACGAUUUCCGGAAUUUCUGUAAAGUGGAUCCUGGGAAGCAGAUCUCCAAUUUUGACAGGAUGAUUUUCUAUGCGAAUAUUGAAGAGGUGGAUGAUUCGACCAGUGGACUUGAUUUCGUCAACAAUGCUGCUCUUGCUCCUGGAUCGGAGCUACAGACCGGUAAUCCGAAAGUCUACACAUUUACCCUUCACGGGUCAGCAUUUUUAUGGCAUCAGGUGAGACAUAUGGUUGCGAUUCUCUUCCUCGUAGGGCAAGGUCUUGAAAAGCCAUCUAUCGUCUCGGAAUUGCUGGACGUGGAGAAAAAUCCCGGACGGCCCAUAUACGAGAUGGCCACCGAUACGCCUCUCGUUCUGUGGAACUGCGUCUUUCCUCGCGAAGAUGAUCCUGAUCGCAAGGAUGCCAUGCAGUGGCAUUACGUUGGUGAUGAUACCGGUACUGGCGACUACAAGUUCGGGACUGCAGGGAUCAUGGAUGAGCUAUGGAAGGUCUGGAGGGAGAGAAAGAUCGAUGAGAUGCUUGCGAGCACGCUGCUGAAUGUCGUUGCUAAGCAGGGGCUGGAUGCUGAAGAGCUGACUUUGGCGAGGAGGAAGGGAAGUCGGAGUCAAAAGGUGUUUGAUGGAGGAGACAUGCCGCGGUUGCAGGGCGUGUAUACACCUGUUAUGAAGAAGCUGAAGAUGGACAGGGUGGAGGUUAUCAAUGAGAGGUAUGCGGUAAGAAAGGGAUUUGAGAAUUCGGCGGAUAUGAAGCUUCAGGGCUUUAGACGUUUGAAUAAUCCUAGUGCGGUUGCAAAUACCCCUGCUGUAGAGGAUGGAGAUGAAUAGGUAGACAAUCAUCUGCUGGGAUGAAUACUUCACUUUGAAUGUAUGCUCGGGAGUCGUGUCUUGCGAACAGUCAAUAUGCUCGUAGAAUGACACUUGGUCCAUUCUUCAGAGUAGCUCGUCAUGGGUAGAUGUAGCUGGAGACUCUGUAUCUUUGAAAGUCUUCCCAUGUAUCAAAAAUGGCAGCUUUUACAUCUUAAGUGCCCAAAGUCUUGCCAUAAAGCAACUCUGCUUGUAACUCUCAUUAAUCCAUGAUCUACACGCAAAAUAUACAGCCACGAGCCGCCCUUAGUUCACGAAGUCUCCCUCCUCUUAAUCUCAGGAACAACUCCACCACCACCACCACCAUUAACUUCUCUCUCCCUCUCCCUCUCCCUCUCCUUCUUCCCCUCAAACAAACAAGCCCUACACCCCCUCCAAACCCUCUCCACAAUAUCCCUCCUGGGCAACAACCUCGGAAAAACAACCACCACCUCCUCCUCGCCCUCCACCACAACCACCAAAUAAUACCUCACUUCAAACCCGCGAAACGCCUCGUUCACAAGUAUAUCCUGGAUCUUCUCUGUAGGUAUAAAUCGCGUUGUGCUGCUGCUCAAGUAUGUGUUUGAAGAGGAAGAAGUUUGGAUCCCGAGGCCGCGGAGCACGAGGAGGGAUUCGGUGGUGUGCAGGCGAAGAGAGAGGAUGUAGAGACUUGUGAGGGAUAGAGGGAGGAGGAGGAUGAGUGGGGUGCGGCGCGCGAGGAGUGUGGAGAGGUGGCCGAGGCGGGUUUGGGUGAGCGCGUGGAGCUGGUAGGAUAUGUAGUCUAUUGACAGGAGAGCUGGAACUGUGGUAUACGGUUGUUCAUUGCCAGCGUAAGAUGAGAGUAGAUAUCGGGAGUAUAGGAGCUGUAGAAUGGCGAGCGCGACGACGAGGCGCAAGAUGAAUGUGAGGAGGAUGAGGAGGCGGAGUGGGAAGGUGAGGGUUGGUGAGGUCGAGACGGUGUAUUCGACAGUUGUUGGAGAGGGACGGCGUGUCCGCAGGUGAGGAGUAGUUGUUAGCAUUUCUGCUGGAGAGUGGAUUGAGGCAUUGGUGUUGUUGUUUGAGGAGAGUUCACUGUCGUCGCUCAAAUUCGAGGAGGCUGUUUGGGGAAGCUUAUCGAUAAGAAAAAGUUGGAGCUCGAGGCUGAGAGCAACACUGACAACAUCUGGGGAAGUACUUACUUAACCAUGGCCAAAUUUCAGGAAGUAUUAAGUGUCUGUGGUAACUUUGAGCGAUGAUCCGUAUAUUAAUUUUGAGAAAUUAUGCUUGGUUGGUGGGAAUGCGUGUCAAUUGCUGUGUCUCCCUCCCUCCAGAGCAACGAAAGUCUUCUUCUAAAUGUCUGUAAACUGAUUUGAAUAUUCAAAACAUUUAGAAAGAGGACUGUCUUCCAGUUUUCGACUUUUGGCAUUUAUUUUCCAUCCCUUGACGCCAAUUCCAUAGAUUUUCCAAGUCAAAAACAACCCUUACUCUCCAGUAUCAAUCUCCAAAUCAAUCUGAACCCCAUUGCUCACGCCAUAAUCUUCCAACGUCAACUGAUCCUUGAAGGGCCUCUCGCCUUGCCUCUUCAACAGAAUUUCGUGUGGCUGUCUCCCAAUUCUCGCUGCAACCUGCGCCUUGAACAAUUUUAUCGGAUCCGAAGCCAAACAUGGAAUCGCAGCUUUCGUACCCAACCGAUCAUUGACAUGCACAAUAAUCAUGGGUUCGCCAUGACUGGCUGCUUGUGGCGCUGGAGCAGCAGCAGGCGCACGCUCAGGCGGUGUAUCUGUAUUGCCCUCCUCUGCCUUCUUCGCCUUCGCUGGCCCAAAUUUGUCUGCCACGCCGAACUUGUCCUCCACCGAGUUGCCUUUGCUUGGUUUGCUCUCCCUGCUCUCCCUGCUAUCUUUGGAGUCGGCCUUCUCUCUAUCUCGCCUUGGUGAUCUCGAUCGAUUGCGAUACCCUCUUUCUAAUCUCUUGCCACUGCCCUCUCCUUCAUCGUUCGUGCUGCGCUUCUCCUUCCAUCUGAAGCCUCCUCCGCCGCCGCCUCGUGGUUUGUCGCGACGGUCUCGUGUGCGUUCUCUGUCAUUGCGAGGAGAGCGGCUUCGUCUUCGUGAAGGUCCGGACGGUGAUCGCGAACGAGAUCUUCGGUCUGCCAUUUUGUGGUUAUGGUUGUGUUAAUGUUGUAAGAGUAGUGGGACAUGGCAAGGCAAGGCAGGCUAGGCAUGCAUUAUGGCUGCAAGGCUGAGGAUUUUCCUGCCGAGGACUAGCGCGAAUCUGAUUGGGACAAAGAAUCGCAGAAUGCACAACCAUUUUAUUUUCGGCUUAUGUUGCAUCUGAGAAGAACUAUCUUCUGGGAUACAGAUGUAAGGGACGAAAGGAACGAAAGAGCCUGAAGACAUCCAGUCUGCGGGUUGCUAGCAAUUUUACACCCUGACAAUAGGCUCGAAUCAUAGUCGGUCCCGGAAUGUAUUGAACUUGCAAAUUCCACCAAGACUUUAAACAUGGAAGUCAGUGCUGAAUAAUUAAGCGAGUAAACAAAAGGGAAACUAUGUCACAG